GUGGUCUCCAAUCCUGCAGGAGGACUGGAAAAUGGCGCAUUGUUGUUGCAAGGUAAUCGCGUUAGUUAGCCUAGCACAUCGAUCGAUAAUGUAACUUUUGAUUAUUUUAUAACAAAUAUUUACAAUUUGCGUGCAUGGUACGAGUUCAAUCGCUAGCUAGCAUUAGCUUCUAUCACAACAACACAGAUUCUUUGUUUUCGCACAAGCGAUCUGAUCAUAAUGGGUUAUUUGAAGCUAAUAGAGAUCGAAAACUUCAAAUCUUACAAGGGCCGACAAAUCAUCGGCCCAUUUCACAAGUUCACUGCGAUAAUUGGGCCCAAUGGAUCCGGCAAGUCCAACCUCAUGGACGCCAUCAGCUUUGUGCUGGCUGAGAAGACCAGUAACCUGCGUGUGAAGACUCUGAAGGACCUGAUCCACGGAGCUCCCGUGGGGAAACCAGCAGCCAACAGAGCGUUUGUGAGCAUGGUGUACCAUGAGGACAGUGGAGAAGAGCGCACCUUCACUAGAAUCAUCAUUGGCUCGUCGUCAGAGUACCGAAUCAACAGUAAGGUGGUGAAUCUGGCAGAGUACAGCGAGGAGCUGGAGAAACUAGGCAUCCUCAUCAAGGCCAGGAACUUCCUCGUCUUCCAGGGUGCUGUGGAGUCCAUAGCCAUGAAGAACCCUAAGGAGCGUACGGCUCUGUUUGAGGAGAUCUCCCGGUCUGGGGAGUUGGCUCAGGAGUACGACCGCAGGAAGAAGGAGAUGGUGACGGCUGAGGAGGACACACAGUUCAACUACCACCGCAAGAAAAACAUCGCUGCGGAACGCAAAGAGGCCAAGCAGGAGAAAGAGGAGGCUGAGCGUUACCAGCGUCUGAAGGACGAGGUGGUGAAAGCCCACGUCCAGAUGCAGCUGUUCAAACUGUAUCACAAUGAUGCUGAGAUCGAGAAGCUGAACCGCGAUCUGUCGCAACACAACAAGGGCAUUGACAAGGACCGCAAGAAGAUGGACCACGUGGAGGAGGAACUGAAGGAGAAGAAGAAAGAGCUGGGGAGGAUGAUGAGAGACCAACAGACUGUGGAGAAAGAGAUCAAGGAGAAGGACGCUGAGCUGAACCAAAAGCGACCCCAGUACAUCAAGGCCAAAGAAAACACCUCCCACAAGAUCAAAAAACUAGAAGCAGCCAAGAAGUCCCUCCAGAACGCCCAGAAGCUGUACAAGAAGAGGAAGGGGGACAUGGAUGAGUUGGAGAAAGAACAGGGAGCGGUGGAGAUGGCCCGGCAGGAGUUCGACGACCGAAUGGAGGAGGAGGCCCAGAGUCAGGGACAGGACCUCACACUGGAGGAAAAUCAGGUGAAGGUGUACCACCGUCUGAAGGAGGAGGCCAGUAAGCGGGCGGCCACUCUUGCCCAGGAGCUGGAGAAGUUCAACAGAGACCAGAAGGCAGAUCAGGAUCGCCUCGACCUGGAAGAGAGGAAGAAAGUGGAGACUGAGGCAAAGAUCAAGCAGAAGAUCCGUGAGAUAGAGGAGAACCAGAAGCGUAUUGAGAAGCUGGAGGACUACAUUACCACCAGCAAGCAGUCUCUGGAUGAACAGAAGAGAAUGGAGGAGGAGCUGACUGAGCAGGUGGAGGGGGCAAAGAACAGGAUCGAUGAGAUCAACCUAGAACUCAAUCAGGUGAUGGAGCAGCUAGGAGACGCCAGGAUCGACAGACAGGAGAACAGCAGGCAGGCACGCAAAGCAGAGAUCAUGGACAGCAUCAAGAGACUGUACCCCGGAUCUGUGUACGGCCGUCUGAUCGACCUGUGUCAGCCCACUCAGAAGAAGUUUCAGAUCGCUGUGACCAAGGUGCUGGGCAAGAACAUGGACGCCAUUAUCGUGGACUCAGAGAAGACCGGUAGAGACUGUAUCCAGUACAUCAAAGAGCAGAGAGGAGAGCCGGAGACCUUCCUGCCACUCGACUAUCUGGAGGUGAAGCCUACAGAUGAGAAGCUGCGUGAGCUGCGUGGAGCCAAGCUGGUGAUCGAUGUGAUCCGCUACGAGCCGCCUCACAUUAAGAAGGCCCUGCAGUACGCCUGUGGUAACGCACUGAUCUGUGAGAACGUAGAGGACGCUCGACGCAUCGCCUUCGGAGGGCCCUACAGACACAAGACGGUGGCCCUGGACGGUACACUUUUCCAGAAGUCUGGUGUGAUCUCGGGUGGAGCCAGUGAUCUGAAGGCUAAGGCCAGGCGCUGGGAUGAGAAGGCUGUGGACAAACUCAAGGACAAGAAGGAGAAACUCACUGAGGAACUCAAGGAGCAAAUGAAGGCUAAGAGGAAGGAGGCAGAGCUGCGUCAGGUCCAGUCUCAGGCCCACGGCCUCCAGAUGAGACUAAAAUACUCCCAGAGUGACCUGGAACAGACCAAGACCCGCCACCUCUCCCUCAACAUGCAGGAGAAGUCUAAGCUGGAGAGUGAGCUGGCUAACUUCUGCCCUCGCAUCAACGACAUCAAGAGGAUCAUCCAAUCCCGUGAGAAGGAGGUCAAUGAUCUGAGAGACCGUAUGAACGUUGUGGAAGACGAAGUGUUCAUCGAGUUCUGUAAGGAGAUCGGAGUCAGGAACAUCAGAGAGUUCGAGGAGGAGAAGGUCAAGAGGCAGAACGAGAUCGCAAAGAAACGGCUGGAGUUUGAGACCCAGAAGACUCGUCUGGGCAUCCAGCUGGACUAUGAGAAGAACCAGCUGAAGGAGGACCAAGAGAAGGUCAUGAUGUGGGAGCAGACCGUCAAGAAGGACGAUGCCGAGAUAGAGAGACUCAAGAAGGAGGAGCACCGCCACAUGAAGACCAUAGAUGAGACCAUGGCCCAGCUGCAGGACCUGAAGAACCAGCACCUCACCAAGAAGUCAGAGGUCAACGACAAGAACCACCAGAUGGAGGAGAUACGUAAGAAACUGGGAGGAGCCAACAAGGAGCUGACCCAGCUGCAGAAAGAGGUGACGGCCAUCGAGACCAAGCUGGAGCAGAAACGCAGCGACCGCCACAACCUGCUGCAGGCCUGUAAGAUGCAGGACAUCAGACUGCCGCUAUGCUCUGGGACCAUGGACGACAUCGGCCAGGGAGAGGUACUAAACACACUCUUUAUUUUUCUCGCUGACGCCGCUGGCGAGGAUGAGAUCAAAGGAGAGAUGCACACACUGCAGCAGCCGCUCAACGACGAGCAGUCUAUACUGCAGAGGAUCAGCGCACCCAACAUGAAGGCCAUGGAGAAACUAGAGUCUGUCAGGGACAAGUUCCAGGAGACCAGCGAUGAGUUUGAGGCGGCCCGUAAGAGAGCCAAGAAGGCCAAGCAGGCGUUUGAGCAGAUCAAGAAGGAGAGGUUUGACCGCUUUAACGCCUGUUUUGAGGCUGUAUCCACCAACAUCGAUGAGAUCUACAAAGCCCUGUCACGCAACAGCUCUGCCCAGGCCUUCCUUGGGCCAGAGAACCCUGAGGAGCCUUACCUGGAUGGGAUCAACUAUAACUGUGUGGCCCCUGGAAAGAGGUUCAGACCCAUGGACAACCUGUCUGGAGGGGAGAAGACUGUAGCCGCCCUGGCUCUGCUGUUCGCCAUACACAGCUACAAGCCUGCCCCAUUCUUCGUCCUGGAUGAGAUUGAUGCUGCUCUGGACAACACCAACAUCGGCAAGGUGGCCAACUACAUUAAGGACCAGUCAGUGAAUACUCAGGCUAUAGUGAUCUCUCUGAAGGAAGAGUUCUACACCAAGGCUGACUCGCUCAUCGGGGUCUAUCCAGAGCAAGGAGAUUGCGUCAUCAGCAAAGUACUAACCUUUGACCUGUCUGUGUACCAUGACGCCAACCCCAACCCCAAUGAGUAGAACCCCAACCAGCAGGACAUCACUCGGAGGAGAGRAGCGAAAUUAAACGACAGGCAUACCUUUWAACUCAUUGGCAUUUUGACAUUCUGCUUGGUCAACUGAACCAUGGUUGUAUUCCUUAGGGCAGGCAACUGAAAACGUUUUAAAACAUUUUGUAACUGUUAAGAGAAUUAUGUUCUCAAUGUUCAUAAACCAAUUCAAUCAAACUA